GCGAGCGCGGCGCGAGCCGGAGGCCACUCGGUCGAUUUAUCCAACAAGUGUCUGUCCGUUUCUCUCUUUCUCCAACUCUCAGGACCGCUCAACGAUUCGUCUUUCCCUUUGAAAUGUCAGUCACGCACGUUAGUUACAUUCAAACGACAGCCGAGCGGAGGAACGUGUUGACAUAAACCUUGUUUGUUUAUUGACCAAACGCGGCCAACUUUUAGGGAAUAAUUGAAGAUGGCGAUGUGCUUUUUAAAACGUUUGCGGCGUCCCGGUCGUUAAAGUGUCAGCAGUUGUCAUUUUCCUUUUGUUUUAGUUAUCUUAAGUUGGUUUUUAGAUUAAUUAAUUUAAUUUAGUUACAACUAACCACAAAUUCUAUUCGGUAAAGAGGUGUUUUGGCGGACAGAGUUUUGACUGGAAAGUAAUGGAAAAUGAUGAGCCUGCAUCACCGGACCUGAGCCAUGACAGCACUCAGAGUGAAAGAGGAAGUCCAGUGCACAAGAAAUCUCAUCUAACUCAGAUUGAGGUGAUCCCAUGUAAGAUCUGUGGAGACAAGUCAUCAGGGGUUCAUUAUGGAGUUAUCACUUGUGAGGGCUGCAAGGGCUUCUUCCGCAGAAGUCAGUCCUCCAGUGUGCAGUACUCCUGCUCCAGACAGAGCAACUGUCCUAUUGACCGCGCCAGCCGUAACCGCUGCCAGAGCUGCCGUCUCAAAAAAUGUGUCACUCAGGGAAUGAGCCGCGAUGCGGUGAAGUUUGGCCGGAUGUCUAAGCGCCAGAGAGACUCUCUGUUUGCAGAAGUUGAGAGACACCGGCAGCAGCAGCGUCUUCAGGCCAACUUAGUCCAAGAGCCCCAGCCUCUUCCAGCCUACCGAUCCAGCAAAGAGCCCAGAGAACAGUCAUCACAUCUCAUCCCACCUCUACCUCCAGCUUACCCUUACUCUGUAGAGCCUGAACUGCAAGGCUGCCCUCCAGAGAUGCAUCCAUACUUGGAUUGUCGCAUAAGCGAGGCCCAGGCUCAGAGUCUGGCCUACAGGGGCUCCCACAGGAGAGGUGACAGCAACAGCUUGUCAACUGGGAGAGGAUAUGACUCCACAAGGUCUACACCAGAGGCUAUUCUGAACAUGAGCGGUAGUGAAAUGGGCAUUCGGCCUUUUGACCCUGAAAGCUCGUUCUUUUCUUACCCCACAUCUCUACACAUAGAGGAGCUCUCUGCAAGUAUCGUUCGUUCCCACAGAGAGACGACUCAGUAUCGACCUGAGGAGCUGCAGGCUCUCAGAUGGAAGGUUUUCAGCAGGGAGGAGAUCCACGCUUACCAGAGCAAAUCGGUGGAUGAGAUGUGGCAGCACUGUGCUGUGCGGUUGACCGAUGCUGUUCAGUACGUGGUGGAGUUUGCUAAACGUAUCCCAGGAUUUCGCCAGCUUUGUCAAAAUGAUCAAAUUGCUCUCCUCAAGAGUGGGUCCAUGGAAGUGGUUCUGGUCCGGAUGAGUCGGAUGUUUAACACAGAAAACAACACAGUAUUCUUUGAUGGCAAAUUUGCUGGAACAGAACUUUUCAAAUCCCUUGCAUGUGGUGAUUUGAUAGCUGCUGUAUUUGAAUUUGCUCACAAUCUGUGUGUGCUGAGACUGACUGAACAGCAGAUGGCUGUGUUCACUGCACUUGUCCUCCUCAAUGCAGAUCGGCCGUGUCUGGAGGACAGAGAAAGAGUGCAGAGAGCCAGGAGAGAUGUGGAGCUUGCCCUCAGACACAUUCUGCACAGAGAUAAUCAAGAGAGUCUACUGCAUAAGCUGUUUCAAAGAGUCCAGGAGCUGAAGUCUCUGUGUGCACUGCACAUUGAGAAACUGCAAUGGUUCCGGCAGCUUUACCCUCUCACGGUGCAUUCCCUCUUCCCUCCGCUAUACAAAGAGCUGUUCGGCUCUGACACAGAUAUACAGACACUGACUACUCAUUGAACACACACACACACAGGCACAUUUCAUUUGCAAAUGUAGACACCACACACAGUUACAUAUAGUGUAUGCAAUCUAGAUCUAAAUAUAUAAUAAACCUGCUGAAGAAAUAAAUAUAUUUUUGUAACUCUCAGAAGGACAGAAAA